AUGGCCUCCAUGUCCACUCUUCCAACACCUUCACGGCCAUCAACAAACCCUCCAACGGGCUCUUUGCCCCCACUACCAACUCCCAAACCUGCCAGAAAAAGCACCCCGGCCCCCGAUGGCACCCGAUCCGCAUCACCAUACCAACUGUCAAAGCUACGGACACCGUCCAGUCCCAGACCCCCGUCCCUCGCUCGGUCCCCGCUAUCGAAUUCCAACUCAACUUCCAAUCUGAGUGCCGUCCGAUCUGUUUCCAGUGGCCGCACACCGAGCAGCCCCGACAAGACUCUACGCCGUACAAUUAGCAUCGCUUCUUUCCCACAGCCUCCCAAGGCGGCCAGCCGCCCAUCCACAGCGGCAUCCUCGGUGUCAGGCAUCCAAGGCCUCACUUCCUCCGGGAGUGUGAAGCAGCAGCGAAGCUCACGGCUAAGCACAGGCACUACGAGCAGCUAUCGCAGCUCCAAAACCCCGUCUUUACUCAAUGGCAGCGCAGAUGGAAAGUCAGUCCUGGCAGAGGCACGGGAUCCGGAGGCCUCGCCGUCUCACAGUCGGAGCUCUUCUGCCAAUGGUUCCUGUUCCACCAGUGCAACCACAUUUGAGGACACGGAAGAUGCCGCGGGUACCGGCAAGGGUGGCAAGCCUAAAGAGUCCAAGGGCAAUGUGAUUGUCAGUGUCCGUGUCCGACCGGAUACCAGCAUGGGAGGCGAGACUCCACGAAACCACGGUGAAUGGGGACUGGAUGGACGUCGCAGUCUGAUUUCUCACCGCGGCAAAGAUGGAGGUGAUUACUAUUAUGAUAAUGUCUUUACACCACAGGAAAACAACGCCAAGGUGUAUGAUGCAGCCGCGAAACGGCUUGUGCGACGGGUCAUGGAAGGAUAUCACGGUACUGUCUUUGCCUACGGUAUGACAGGUACUGGUAAAACGUUCUCGAUGCAAGGUACCGCCACUUCUCCUGGUGUGAUUCCACUCGCCAUCACCGAUAUAUUUUCCUUCAUUCGAGAAACGCCUCAUCGAGAGUUUUUGCUCCGAGUCAGUUAUCUGGAGAUCUAUAAUGAAAAAAUUCACGAUCUUCUCUCGACGUCGGUUACCAACGGUGUCCCUGCACCUCAACAGGAGGAAAUCAAGCUUCGCGAAGACAGUAAACGCGGCGUGUAUGCAACGCCACUGAAGGAAGAGAUCGUGCAGAGCCCGACACAGCUUCUGCGGGUGAUCGCAAGAGGAGACCAUGCCAGACGCACUAGCAGCACCCAGUUCAAUGCGCGCAGUUCUCGAAGUCAUGCGGUUGUUCAGAUUGUCGUCGAAAGUCGCGAACGAGUCCCUGCCGGCGACUCGCAGGAUAAGCGGUCUGGCAUUGCUCCUGGUGGUGUCCGAGUGUCAACCCUGAGUUUGAUCGAUCUGGCUGGUUCAGAGCGUGCGGCCGACGACAAAGAGCGCCGAACCGAAGGUGCCCACAUCAACAAGAGUUUGCUUACUUUGGGUAACAUUAUCUCAAAGCUUUCGGAGAACAAGGACAAGCAAGGCAAUCCGAUUGAUCGGGAUGGUAGGCAUUUGCCAUACCGUGAUUCCAAAUUGACGAGAUUGCUACAGCCCGCGCUAUCAGGAAACUCUCUCGUGAGUAUUCUCUGCACGGUUCAGCUAGUCGCUGGUAUCAAUGCACACUCGGGGGAGACCCUGAACACCUUGAAGUUUGCUGCUCGAGCGAAGAACAGCAUCGUCAGUCAUGCAAAGAAGGCCGAGGAAGCAUACGGUAGUGGUGGUGGUGAUGCGGGUAGUCGGGUUCUGCUUGAACGCUACCGGAUGGAGAUUCAAGCACUUCGUGGCCAACUGGACACCCAGGCCAAGGCGCAGGCGGAGAAGGAGCUCAAGUGGGAUGAGCAACAAUUUGAAAAGGAGGCCCAGGCUCGCCAUGAGGAGCAAGUGCUGGAGAUGCAGCUGGCCAGGACCGCUUUGAAAGAACGGAUUGAGCAUCUGAACCGGUUGAUUCUCAGCUCCAAAUCAACCGGUGUGAACAACCACGGUAGUCUCUCUUCUGCCUUUGGUCGCCUUUCCAGAAUGUCCAGCACCGACGCGGGAACCCGUUCACUUCGGUCAUCGGCCAGUCAAUCUACAUUGGGUGCAGCUCACUCCAUUCGACCCAUCUCAUUCAUGUCGGUCAACAGCAAUGACCCUUCAGGGAUGUCAUUCGCCAACGGCUCCUUCAGCAAUGAAGAUGACGAGGACAUGGGCGAGUUUGGUGAUGGCAAAGCAAGCCUGCAGCGACAAGUCACCGCCCUGCAAGCUGACCUGAGCGACAAGAAUCGAUACAUUUCCACGUUGGAGCGUCGACUACUUCAGGCUCGCCGUUCGAGUCACUCCCGAAUGUCGGUGGGAGUCAAAUCUAACGCUCCAUCCACCACCACUAUCUCUGAACACCCAGACAUGAUGACCUUACUUCGUGAGAAAGACAUGGAGAUCAAUGAGCUUCGCAUCCAGCUCGAUGAUAAAGACCGAAUGCUAGCGGCACUGCGGUCUGCUGCCCGCCACCGUGAUCUGGCGGCUGUGACCGGCGACUCUCAAUCCCCAGAACUCAAAGUCAAGGUGGACUCGUCGGCUUCUGGGCCCAGCAGUCCCCGGCUUCCGCCCCCAGGUGACGUGAGCGACAAAAAUACAAGCCCCUCUAGGCAUGCUGUUCCCGGGAAAUCCGGUGAAAGAGAGGAGGACCGGAGAAAGAACAUGGACGAGGUGUCCCGGAUGCUUGAUGAGAUGAUUCAAGGCCGAGUGGAGAGCGGUCAUCUGGACAGAAACUCUCUUGGACACUUCAAGCGCGUUUCGGGUGAUAGUCGUCGAGGUUCAAGCUCUGCUGAAGUCCCGGGGUUGACUCCCACUCCUUCUCUCCCCGUGGAGCCAAUCCCAGGCUCUCCAUCAAGUUAA